UUGUGUGUAAACAAAUUUUUUUAAUACUUUUAUUUUAUAACAAUUAUUAUGGUCAAGAUUCAGUUUUCAGUUAAAAAUGCAUUUAUCCAAAAAUAUAUACUCUUUCUAACAGUUGCUUGUAUGGUGAUGACGUUUAUGAACAUGAUGAAUCGAAUUCACUACAUUGGAGCCAGUUACGCUAUCGGAACAAUAUUAAUGGGAAUAACCAAUCAUAUCCAUAACUCAUUAAGCAUAACGGGAAUCGGAUGCGUUUUGGACUUGCUUCAUCUUAUUUUCCGCAGCUCUAAUUCAAGUUGGACUUCAGUCAGAUAUUUUCAAUUUAUAAUACAUUUUCUUGCUAUCGUGUACGAGCUAAUGUACAUGACGAUGCUGCAUUGCUACUGGCAGUACACCGAAGCAACAAAAAAUCAUUCACAAACAUCAUGGCUAAAAAACGAAACGAUAUUACCCAUCAAACUUGAGCAAUCCAGUGCAGAAGCGCUAAAUCCUAGUAUUUCAAUGUCACAACCCAUUCAAGAGACGGCACCAGCUAUGGACCCUGUAGCACACGAGCCAAAUGCAGCAGCGUCAAACUCUAUUGCAGAAACACUAGAACCUAUUGAAGUGACUAAAACUAGUCAAGUAUUAACGGAACCUAAUGUAACAAUACUGGAACCAAAUGUAGUGUCAGAGCCUAGUGCAGAGACUGAACCUACUACAGCAACAGAAGUAACCAGUAUCAGUGUACCAGUAUCAAAACCUACUUUAUCAUCAACAGAACCCAGUGUAGGAGCGCAAAAUGCUAUCGCAGAAAUACAGGAAUCUAUCGAAACGCCAGAACCUGGAGAAAAUGCAGCAGAAUUAAGUGGCGCAUUAACUGACUCUAUUACACCUAUACAGGAACCCAAUUCAGCAGCGUUGGACUCUAUAGUAGAAACACAUAUACCUAUUGCGUCAACGGAACCUGAUGAAAGAAUUCAGGAACAUAGUGUGUCAACUCCAGAAUCAAAAGAAGAAAAACAGUAAUUCAUUAGAGUUGGAAUCAAGAGAAAAAUCCCGUAGUUACAACGUCGUCAUAAUUGAAUGUAGUAUUGUUGGAGAUGAUGGAAGCAGAUGAGUGCAACAUUUGAAGCUUUUAUAACUACGGCGGAUGUAACUAUGUAUAAUGUACUACACAAAACAUUUUUAUUAAUAAAUAAAAAUAGAAUUUCUAAAAUUUACAUAUUAUUAUGUAGGUAAUAAUAAAUAUAU